AUGUCAACAGAAAUCAAUUUUCGUAUGCCAAGAAAUAUUGUGAAAGUAUAUGAUGUUAAAGGUGGUAAAGUUACAUCUACCGUAAGUUUGAUGAGAUUCAUUAGAUAUCAUUCAUCUAUUUGCAUUUUCAGAUAGUUUCACGAUAUUCGAGAACAAUGAGAUAUGACGAUUUAACAAGUGAGCAAUGUUCUAGCCAUAUCUAUGUCGGCGAAGACUUUUGGGAGUAUACUGGGGAAUCGACAUCACUGGAAACGGCGAAAUUGGGUGUUCGAGAAAAUGAUGCUGACAUAUCAUUCGUAAAUUUGAUUGAAGCUCGUAGAAAUUAUUUUGCUGAACUUUGGAACAGACAACAAUUGGCUACUUGGCCACCAGCCCUCGAAAUAAAUUAUUUGCCUGCAAGAACUCUAAAAAAACAUCUUCAAAAAUUGAAAUCAAUUUUUUCAACCCAACGCAAAAGCAAAGGAGCAUUGAAUGAUUUAAUACCAAGGCAGACAAUUCACCCAGGAAGUUCUCAAAUUGAUGUGCACGAAAAGAGACGUUUAGCUCUAGAGAAGAAAAAAAACGAAUCGAAAAAAAAUGAUGUCAAAUCAGAUGUUAUUAUCGGAAAAUCUUCAUCUUCAUUCGACUCUAAUUUGUCACUAACAAAUACGAAUGUGAAGGAUACUAAAGUUGAUAUUCUGAGCGAGAGUACUAAAACAUCAACCAGAAAGGUGAGUUUGAUUAGAUCUGAAUACAAUUUAACACAAUAUGUUUUUAGAUCAAGUCAAGUGACAGUAGCGUCGAGAAAUCAAAAAACACCAAAAGUCGUCAAGAUAUCAAGAGAAGAAAUGAUGUUGAGGAUAUAAUAGAGGUUAAACGACAAAAAACAAACAAGAAUAGUUCAAAUGAGAAUAACGAUGCUUUGAUCGAGAAAAAAUUGGAUGUCUCACACAAGAAGACUGAUAAAUCGAUUGAAACUAUCAGAAAACGUGCAAAAUCAACAAUGCCUUUCAAGAAUUCAAAAGAUCGACUUAAAUCGACAUCAAAACAAACUGUGUUCGAUAUGAGACAAUUUGACUGUUUUGUUAAGCAACAAGCAAGAAGAGGGAUUAUUAUUGAAUUUCACAAAAAAUGUAAUGCUUAUCGUGUAACAAACCUCCAUAAUAAAAAGCAAACAAUUACACGGAAUGAUUCUCCAAAUAUUACCACUACAACAGUCAAUUUUGUUAUGCCAAAACAUUUUGUGAGAAUUUACGAUGUUGAAGAUUUUGAUUAUAAAACUAUCGUGAGUUUGACGAGACUUAUUGAAUAUUAAAAAUAUUUUGCAAGUUUAGAUCGAUUCAACGCAUGAAAAUGACAGCGAAAAAGAUAUGUGGGAGUAUACUGGGAUAAUGAGAACAAAAGUAUCAGUUCAACAGGCGAAAUUAGGCAUUCAAAACAAUGAUGAUGACAAAACUUUUGUCAAUUUGAUUGAACAACGCAAAGCUUAUCUUGAUACAACUUCAAAUCACAUGGAAAAAUUCGAGAAUGCAUGGACGAAUUAUCAAAACUAUGUAUAUAACGGAAACGAUUUUCACCUAUUAACCUCGGUGUUUUCCUUCCAACGCAAAGAUAAGGGAGUAUGGAAUGAUUUGAAACCGAAAUCGAUGUCAACAAUGAACAGUUCUAUCAAAAUGAUGACAAACAGCCAACAAACGAAUCAGAAUGAUGACAAACAGCCAACACCAAAUUUCCUACCUAAAAAUGGAAUUGAAUCAGACGAGGAUUUGAAGGAUAUGGAGGAAUUUUUGAACUCAUUCUUUGUUAAAACAACUGAUAAAUCAAAAUUGUCAUCAGAGAGAAUUGUUGGAAAUAACAUGGUGAGUUAGUAUUAUAAUUAUUAAUUGAUGAUGAUUCAAUUUUUUCCAUUUUAGGUCCAUUCUACUCGUUCAGUUGGUCAGGCUUAUGAUGGACACAAUUCGUCCUCCUGCACUUCCAGUAACUGCAUCGACUGUCUCAAAAUCUAUCCCAUCGAGUGGUCAAUUAUAUCGGCUGCACAUAAUACCAUCGAGGAUGUUGAAAUAACUAAUAUUACUCCCAUAAACCCUUGUGAUCAAUCAGAAUUGCCAACACAAAAUGCCCUUCCUGAAGAUGAAUUUGAAGCAAACGAAGAUUUUAUGAACUCCUUCUUUGCUAAAACAACUGGUCAAUCAACAUCGUCAUCAAUGGAAACAAAAUCCGCAGAAACUGUUGUCAAUAAUACACCGGAUAUUAUUAUUGUUGAGAAAAAUACACCUGAUAUUAUAAUUGUUGAGAAAAAUACACCUGAUAUUAUAAUUGUUGAGAAACAUGUGGUGAGUUAAUAUUAAAAUUCGUAAUUAAUAAUGAUUCAAUUUUUUUCAUUUUAGGUCGAUUCUACUCGUUCAGUUUGUCAGGAUUAUGAUGGGCACGAUUCCUACUCUUGCACUGACGCUUACUGCUUAGACUGUAUCGAUGUCACUCCCUUCGAUUGGUCAAUUACGCCGACUGCAUAUAAUGUCAUCGAGGAUGUUGAAAUGACAAAUUUUACUCCCAUGAACUCUUGUGAUCAAUCAAAAUUGCCAACACAAAAUGCCCUUCCUGAAGAUGAAUUUCAAUCAGACGAGGACUUUCUGAACUCCUUCUUUGUUAAAACAACUGGUCAAUCAAAUUUGUCAUCAAUAGAAACAAAAUCUGCAGAAGCUGUCGUCAAUAUGAGAUCUGAUGUUAGAGUUGUUGAGAAAAAUGUGGUGAGUUGAUAUUGUAAUUCGUAAUUGAUGAUGAUUCAAUUCAUUUACUUUAGGUCGAUUCUACUCGUUCAGUUGGUCAUGAUUAUGAUGGGCACAAUUCUGACUCCUGCACUUCCAGUAACUGCACCGACUGUCUCAAAACCUCUCCCAUCGAUUGGUCAAUUAUAUCGACUGCAUAUAAUACCAUCGAUGAUGUUGAAAUAACAAAUAUUACUCCCAAAAACCCUUGUGAUCAAUCAAAAUUGCCAACACAAAAUGCCCUUCCUAUAGAUGAAUUUGAAACAAACGAGAAUUUUAUGAACUUUUUCUCUGUUAAUACAACUGAUCAAUCAGAAUUGUCAUCAAUGGAAACAAAAUCUACAGAAGUUGUUGUCAAUAAUACACCGGAUAUUAUAAUUGUUGAGAAUAAUGUGGUAAGUUGAUAUUGAAAUUAGUAAUUGAUGAUGAUUCAAUUUAUUUACUUUAGGUCGAUUCUACUCGUUCAGUUGGUCAGGAUUAUGAUGGACACGAUUCCUACUCUUGCACUUCCAGUAACUUCGACUGUAUCGAUGUCACUCCCUUCGAUUAUUCAUUUUCAUUGCCUGAAUAUUAUGCCAAAUCUAACUCCCAAAAUGUAACUCCCAAAAACCCUGGUGUUGCUAUUCAAUCUCAGACAACAAAACGGAGAAGAGUUAUUACAAAAAGGGUUAGUCUUAGAUUAUAAUAUUAACAAGAAUAAAAUGAAAUAUGUUGUUUUUUUUAGAAUUCAUCUUCAAUUGAAUCACCUUGUCCACCCAAAAAAGCAAAGUUCAUAUCGGCAAGUGAUAAACCAACAACAUCAGCACAAAAAUGUGAAUUUUUCAACGACAGCCAAGUAGGUUCUUACAAAAACGAGAGCCAAAUCGAAGACGUCAUCUUCCUCGAUUGA